GUAUGCCUGCCUUGGUUUCCAAAAAUCAGUUGUUUGAUUGUUUGGUGGGUCAAUUUUGUUUAGCCAUAACAUGCUCGUACACUUGUAGGUUUUUCAUAAUGAGAUAUUUUUUAUGUAAAGGUUUCAUGUAAAUUUUUUGCGUAAGCAGUUACUUACACAAGAGGGUAGUUAAAUAACAGUGCAGAUUCAAAAAUUGUUCAAAAAGCGCCCAUGAAUUCAAUGCAACGCGAUAAUGGCCCGGUAUAAAUUCUUUGUGAAAAUCGAUAUUUUUCUAUUUUUCAAACUAAUUAUGUCACAUAUUUAGAUAAUUGGAAACAAAAUUUUGCUUGAAGAAAACAUAUAAACCUAUUUUUUUUUCCAAAUUCAUGAACGUUAUUUUUGAUUAUAUAGAAACGCUUAAAUAAGUUAAAAUUAAAAUAAUAAAAUGAAGAAUACUUCAGCCACAUCAGCAGCUACAUCAGCGGCUUCAUCAUCGACUACAACAGUGGCUGCAAUAGCGGCUUCAUCAUCGGCUGACGAUAAUAAUGAUAAUGAUAGCCACCAGAAACCUCGUUUACUCACUUCAUCGUUGUCGUCAUCAUCAUUCUCGUCACUGCCGACGAAACCUCAGACGCUCAGAUUAAAAAUUAAAGACGCGUAUUCUUUCAUCGAUGACGUCAUUCAACAUGGCGAUCUUCUGAAGGUCGAACAGCUGGCCACGUGGGACUAUCCCAUCUUCCGGUUGGCAGAAUUGGCGCCAACAACGCUGCUAACCAGAGUGGCUUACAAGGUCUGGAAUCUUACAAAUUUCAUGUCGGAGUUUAACAUUCCCAGGCUCCCAUUCCUGAAGUUCUUCCAUGCGCUAGAAUUGGGAUAUCAUAAUAAUUAUUACCACAACAGAAUUCACGCCACUGACGUUCUCCAUGCCGUUUAUUACGUCACCUCCCAACCAAUCCCAGCUCUCCUACAAAAACCCCCACAAAAUCCUGAAAAACAACAACAACAACAGCCACCCGAUAUGACGAUGGUGAGGCUAGAUGAAGACGGGACGAUAAUUGAUAACAACAACAACAACAACAACAUAGAUACUAAUAAUCCACAACAACAACAACAAAACCAAGAACCAACAAUGUCUGCCAAUUUUCCGUCUUUGGAGCUGAUGGCGCUUUACAUGGCAGCGGCUAUUCAUGAUUACGAUCAUCCAGGGAAGACCAAUGCCUUUCUGGUCUCUACUAAUAAUUCUAUGGCCAUCUUGUACAACGACAGAUCUGUGCUGGAGAACCAUCACGUGGCAUCAGCCUGGCUCCUGCUGACCUCUGACCCCAAGUACAAUUGGCUGGUCAACCUCGAGGCCGCCGAGUUCAGAAGAUUCCGUUUCUUGGUCAUUGAGGCGGUCCUUGCGACAGACCUGAAGAAACAUUUUGAACUUGUUGCCGAGUUCAACGCCAAGGUCAACUUAGGUGAUGACCCGAGUGUAGAUUGGACCCUGGAAAGCAACAGACUGAUGAUUGCCAACAUGGUCAUCAAAAUGGCCGACAUAAAUGGACCCUGCAAAGAGACUGCCCUUCAUCUGACGUGGACCGAUAAGAUAUGCAGGGAGUUCUAUGAGCAGGGUGACGAAGAAGCCAGCCUGGGCCUCCCUAUCUCUCCAUUCAUGGAUCGCAAGAACCCCCAACUUGCCAUUCUUCAGAAAUCCUUCAUCGAGCAUCUAGUGGCCCCCCUUUGCUACACCCUUUCUAGGGCGGGGUUUCUCCCUAUCCGCCCCAACUAUGUUGAUGGUGAUGAUGAUGAUGAUGAUGGUGGUGGUGGCUUUGGAAAGAAGAAGAAACAUGAUGACGACGAUCGGGAUGAUGUCGGCCGAAAAAAUGGUGAUGACGACCGGGAUGAAGAUGAUGAUGAUGGUGAUGACGACCUGAAAGGUGGUGAGAAGGACAGCGAUGCUGCUGAGAACAUCGAUGAUUACUGUGACGAUGAUGAUUUCUUGAACUACCACUACGAACCAUGCAGUUACCUGACCAAAAACAUCAAGCACAAUAGGCGCAUGUGGAUACAACACAUCAAACAAUCCACUCUACCACAGGAAUUGAUUAACGUCACCAUUAAAGUCGCCUCGUUUGAUGACGCUAUCGCAGCAACCACUGCAACCGCUAGUACUUUUGAGGUCAGUGAAGUUACUACUGCCACUACUACAAAAAGUACCACUGUGGCUGCUGCAUCAGCUUCAGCUACUUCAAUUUCUUCUGCUUCUGUAAUCUUACCACAUGAAAUUGAUAUUCAUAAAAUUCUUCCAAUUAGUAAUUUCGAUAGUGAAGUUGCUACUAUCCAAUCUGGUAUUGGUAUUAGUGGCCUGGAUCAUUCUGAUGAAAAUUUAGUGGCGAGUGUAGUUACUGCAGCAGAUGUGGAUAGUGUUUGUAGUAGGUUUGUAAGUGCCAGUGUUGAGUCCACACCUGUCCAAACUGUUCUUCUUAGUAGUACUGCAACAGAUGCAGCAGUUACUGCUUUUACAACAGGUGAAACUACGACUCAUACUGCUGUAGCUACUGCUGCCACUUCAACAACUACUACAUCUGUUUUAUCUUCAGAACCGUCUUUCUUGAAAGAAGCUUCAGCCUGCGCCCAAGAAGAAUUUACAACAGUAUUAGCAACGUCACAGGCAAAUUACGUUAUUACCAACAACAUCAACCUCUCUAACACCGAUAACAUUAACAUCGAGAGUAUCGUCAACGGUAACGCGGGCAUCAACAGCAGCAGCUACAUCAACAGCAGCAGCUACAUCAACAGCAGCAGCUACAUCAACAGCAGCAGCUACAUCAACAGCAGCAGCUACAUCAACAGCAGCAGCAAUGGCAGCAACUACAUUUGCUACAGCAGCCGCCGAGACGUCGCCUGCAGCAGUAGCAGCAGCUUCAACAGCGUCGAAAUCGCCAACAUCGCCAACUUUUCAAGACCAGUUUUUUCCAACAGUAUCGUCAACAACAACGCCAUCAACAACAAUGACGUCAUCAACAACAACGACAACAUCAACAACAUCUACUACACCAACAACAUCUCCUAUAAGAGUUAUAACACAACCAUUAUUGCCAAGAGGAAGAACGAUAUCAACCGCUCAAACAUCGGUAUCACCUGA